AUGGAAGCCCAACCUGAGGAAGGUCAGAAGGCUUGCUCGAGGGUCCAGACCCUGUUUAAGAGGGUCAAGUCCUUACUCACCAACCCACCCCCCUCCUUGAACCUGGGCUGUACCCAUGUAUAUGGGUACGUGUUUGGGCACGUGCCUGAAAGCAAACUGGAGCAUCUCCCAACACAGCAGCAGACCGGGUCUGUCCUGCAGGUGCUGGACACUGGAGAGCAGCUGAUGGUCCCCAUGGCUAUCGUGGAGGUAGAUAAUGAGGGAGCCUUGUGGAAGUUUCUCCUCUCGGGAGCCAUGGCUGGGGCGGUGUCUCACCCGGGCACGGCCUCUCUGGACUGUGCCAAGGUGUACAUGCAGGUCUACUCCUCCAAGACAAAUUUCAUGAAUUUCCUGGGAGGUAUACGGAGCAUGGUCCAGGAGCGGGGUGGGGGUGGGGAUGGGGGUGUCUGCUUGCUAUGGAGGGGCAAUGGUAUCAACGUACUCAAGAUCGCCCCGGAGUAUGCCAUCAAGUUCUCUGUCUUUGAACAGUGUAAGAAUUACUUCUGCGGAGUGCAUGAGUCCCCACCCUUUCAGGAAUGACUCCUUGCCAGCUCCCUGGCUGUGGCCACUUCCCAGAUGCUCAUCGACCCCAUGGAGGUGCUGAAGACAUGGCUGACCCUGUGCCAGACUGGCCAGUACAAGGGGCUGCUGGACUGCGCCAGGCAUAUCGCGGAGCAGGAGGGCACCCGCGUCCUUUACUGCGGCUACCUGAUGCUUGGCAUAAUUCCCUACGCCUGCACCGACCUGGCUGUCUACGAGUCCCUCUCCUGUCCUUUUCCUCUUGGAAAGGAUUUCAGCCUCUGGCUGAAAUCAGGCAGGGACAUGGAGGACCCCAGUGGCCUGGUCAGUCUGUCGUCCGUGACACUGUCCACAACUUGUGGCCAGAUGGCCAGUUACCCACUGACUUUGGUGCGCACCAGGAUGCAAGCCCAAGACACCGUGGAGGGUUCGAACCUCACCAUGUGUGGAGUCGUCCGGCAGAUCCUGGCCCAGCAGGGCUGCCCGGGGCUGUACCGAGGUAUGACCCCCACGUUACUAAAGGUGUUGCCAGCAGGUGGCAUCAGCUACGUGGUGUACGAAGCCAUGAAGAAGACCCUGGGCGUUUAA